AUGAACAGCCCUCUCCAUAUCAUUCUAUUGGUUGUCCAGUUCAUCACGAUAUCUGUAUAUGUUUACGCUGUAACCUUUCUUGUCGCUAGUAGGGCCUUUAAAGGGGAUUUAGGGGUGCUGGGACCAUCAUACCUCACAAUCCUUAUUUUCUUCUUUCUCAUUCUCGUCGCCAUCGGCAAUGAAGCAGUUUUCAUCAUUCGCCAAAACUUAAACCCAGAUCUUUACCGAAAUUCACAGGUUGUCAAGAUAGCUCUGUUCAUUACCACCCUCCUCUCGGUUGAGCUGUACGGCUUAGCCUGGAAGAAGCGAGAUGUCAACAAUGUCAACACUAUGCUCACUGGGAUCAUUGGGCUCACCCUAAUCGCCAGUGUCCCUUUUAUUCUCGGUCUGGUCAUGGCAUGGAAUUUUCAAAGAAGCCAUGGAUGUGGGAUAUCGAUUGUUGUAACUGCGGUGGACGAAGAGGCCGGAGAGAGAAGGCCCUUACUACAUGAUCGAGCAUAUACAACCUGA